AUGGCGCUUUUAUUCGUCAAGCAAAGAUUCUUUCCAGGCCAGACCAACCGCAAAUCAAAAGAUAGCAGAAAGCCACUCCUCUCUCCCGAGGACUCAGAUACCCUCCACGCCUCCGACUCAGACCUCGAAUCGCAACGCUCCUAUAGCACAUUCCACAACACAUCUAACCUCGAAAACGACGAUAAUGAUGGUAACGACGCCAACAGUACUUCCAGUGGCAGCACACGCGCGCGCAUCAACCCGCGCAUCGUCGCGGACGCAAUUUUAGGUCUUUCAGAUGGAUUGACGGUUCCGUUUGCGCUGAGUGCAGGUUUGUCUGCGCUGGGGAACACCAAGGUUGUUGUUCUGGGAGGGUUGGCGGAGUUGACGGCGGGUGCGCUUUCGAUGGGAUUGGGUGGUUAUGUCGGCGCAAAGAGUGAAGCAGAGUCGUAUGAAACCACCGUGCGCGAAACAAAAGAAUUGAUCGAAACCUCGCCCAUCGAAACUGGUGCCAUUGUGCACAACAUUUUUGCCUCCCACGGUAUCCCCUCCGACGUCGUCAGCCAAAUUAACGCUUCCCUGCAUGCUUCUCAUGACCGCCUCCUCGAGUUUCUCAUAACCUUUCACCACAAAGAAUCGCAACCGGACUGCAACCAAGCAUGGAUCUCGGCCAUUACCCUGGCCAUUUGUUAUUUUGUCGGCGGAUUCAUCCCGCUGAUUCCGUAUUUCAUUUUCAACCAGGUUCUGGUCGCGCUAUACUAUAGCAUCGGCGUGAUGGCAGUGACGUUAUUGGCAUUUGGAUAUAUCAAGACGUGCAUCGUGCGUGGAUGGAGUGGACGGGAGAACAUCGUCGCUGGUAUCCGGGGAGGAAUUGAGAUGUGUUUUGUCGGUGGUGUCGCUGCUGGUGCUGCUAUUGCUCUAGUGAGGUUGAUUGACACCGCCUAA